UCACAGGUCUCGCUCCCAGGCCUGGCUUCUGGAAAUGCUGCGGGGCUGCGUCCGUCCUGCUGAGCACAGACUCAGCUCCACCAGACAAGUGGGCAGCUGGCGUGUGCCUGGGCUUCUCUUUUCUCCCGCUGUCCCCAGGUCCAGCUGUGGAGCAGGCCCACUGUUUGCCAUCAGGCAUGACUUGGGUGUUUGGACAGCCGUCUGGCAUGGUUCCCAUUUCCCCACAAAAAGGGGGCAGCCCAAGAGGCUUUGGCCAGGGGGCAUUUGAAUGUCCAUCUCCCAGCCCCCCCCCCCCCCAACCACCACACUGGAAGGAGGCAGGGUGCAGAACAUCAGGAGACAUCUUGCCUGAUGCAGGGGUGGGGGGUGGGGGGGGCUGCUCUGCUUGAAGGAGGUGCUGCCAGAGGGCCAGGGUUCCUGGGUGCUGCGGCCUGGGAGGGGGGAUUGUGACCUCCUGCUUGUGGGUCAGGCUGGGCUGUGCCGUGUGCCCAGUGCAGUGAGCUUAAGUGAACUCAGCCAGGGCUUGGGCCCUUUCCUUAGCCUUCCAAAGCCAGCUCUUCUUGCCCAAAGCAGCCACUGCCAUGCCCGGAGUGGAGCACCGCCCCCCCCCCUCUAAAACCCAAUGCUGGCCUGGCAGAGAAGUGUUGCCAAUCCACCCUCCCACCUGGAUUCCCUCCUGCCCUCCCCCCACCCAAAAACCCACCUCAGGGCGUAAAGCACCAGUGUGACCCCAGAGUGGGGGGGGGGGGAGAAGGUGGGCUGCCAGGAAAACUGCCACCAGCCCCGCCCGGUCCCCUGCCCAUAUUUUCUCAGUGCCUGUCAUCACUGCCAUUUGAAAUGGGCUUUUCAUCCAGCCUGUCAUAAUCCACACCUUCCUCAACAGACUAAGACCGCAGCAGCAUAAUUGACUAUUACCCCCCUCCUCCAUUUCCUGCCCCUACAUCCAGGCACUGCGUGGCACUAGGGCAACCCGGUGGGUCAGCACUCGUGCCUUGCCCUUCCUCCAAAGAGCUCUAGGAGACAGUGCGAUUCCACCCUCCUUUGCUGUACCUUCCCCACGCUCUUUCAAGGUGGGGGGCCCAGGUCACCAGAGACGUUUGAAGCCAAGUUGGGAUUCAAGGCCGCCCCAUCUUCAUCUGAUAUUUGGUCUGUGUUGGUGCAGGAGGGGUCCGUCCUCCGUCUCCAGGGCACGGCAGCCAUGUGGACCAGGCUCCGGGGCGGCUGUGAGGCAGAUCUUUCUCGCCCUGUAGGAAGGGCCAGAGCCUUCACACUUGUCUCUCAAGUCAUAUAGGAGUGCCUCUAAAGCCACCUCGCGCCCUUUUGGAGCCUUUGAAUAGACGGCUCUGGGCGGACGGGGGUCGGUGGGGGGGGUCUGUCUGUCUGUCAGCCUUCCUGCAUGUGGAUGUCUCCCGAUCCCCCUGUCCUGUGGAGUGCUGUGUGAGCAUCUCCAUUUGCACUGGUUCCUGCCGGCACAGCUGGGCCUGCCUGCCUUGCUGCCGACGCUUCUGCACUGAUCUCUGGCUCGGCUGCCAUCUCCCAGGUGGGAACAGAGUGAUCUGGACCCUUCAGGAAAGGGCUCCAGAUGUCCCACCCAGUAGCUGUGGAGAGAGAAUUCCCUUUCUUCCCAGCGUGUGCUGAGUUCGCCUUCGCAAAAGGGCUGGCAAAUCUAGCGGUGCUGGAUUCGCUGCGGGUGAAGGAGAACCUCAUUGCUCCUGGCUGGAAGCCAUCCCCCCGGCUGACCCUCUCUCUUUUUUUCCCCUGCCACAGGAAGACACCACAGAGACUUGGAGCUUCUUGCCGUCCCAGCCAAUCAAAUGCACCCGGACAGUAAACUGGCCAAUCAUGGGAAGACCGGCGGCAGCAGCAGCGCCCAGGGCCAGCACCACCAUGUGAGCCAAGGCCCCGCCUGCAACCUGGGUGCGAAGGGCGGAGGGGCAGGGAGCCAUGGGGGCCAAGUGGGCCAGCCCCCUCCGGGCAACGCGGGACUGAAACCCACCCCAGCUCCCAUCCCCCUUUUCGGGGCCUUGAAGGGCAAAGUGAAGCGAGAGCGGAGCGUUUCGGUGGACUCGGGAGAGCAGCGAGAAACCCGUGCGGUCUCGCUGGACAAGGAGCUGAAAGGCGAAGUGGCUCCCCGAAGCAAGCGGCGCUGUGUGCUGGAGAGAAAGCAGCCCUACAGCGGGGACGAGUGGUGCUCCGGGCCUGACAGUGAGGACGAUGAAAAGGCACUCGGCGGCUCCCACAGUUGUCAUGUCGCAGAGUCGGUGAUGACUGCAGCCUCGCAGCUGGGCACAGGAUCCAAUCCGCUGCCAGCCCUGAAUGAGAGUAAUGCAUCUGGCACGCCCCAUAGUGCGGCCCCGGGCCUGCGGUCCGAGGCCGGGAGUGGUAGCGGGAAGCCGUCACUGCCGUUUGUCUACGUCUUCACCACGCACCUGGCCAAUACGGCUGCAGAGGCUGUGCUUCAGGGCCGAGCAGACUCCAUUCUUGGCUACCACCAGCAGCACGUGCCCCGGGCCAAGCUGGACAAGGUCCCAGCCUCCAAGAUGCCAGCAGUUGCUGAGAUGCUGCCAAUGAACCCGUCUCCCGCCAGCACCCCACAGUCUCAGGCCGCCAUGCCGCCAAGCAGCCAAGCCCAGGGCCAGCCGCCGCCGCCACCGCCUCCUCCUCCUCCUGUGCCGCCUUCCCAGCCGCCAGCUCCCACCACACUGGGUCUUGGCCCGGGCCCUCUGCCUCCCGCAAGUGCCCUGCCUCCAGAAGGAGCUGCUGAUGACGCCCACCGGGACCUCACUCCCAACUCAGUGGGUAACGGCGGCGGCAGCACGGCCCCCGGCAGCACCCAUCCCAAUACCCCCCCGGCCCCCGGCUCCCUGCCCACCAAUGCUGCAGACGGCCUGCUUGGGGAAGGAGUUGCAGCCAGGCCCCCCUCCGCAGGGAACGGCCCCCGCCACCCGCUGAACACGGAAGGCCUCUCGAAGGAGCAGCUGGAGCACCGGGAGCGCUCGCUGCAGACUCUGCGGGACAUUGAACGCCUGCUCCUGCGCAGCAGCGAGGCGGAGCCUUUCCUGAAGGGCGCCCCGGGGCCGAACGAAGGGGGCAUUCUCUCUGGCCCGGCCCCCCCGCCCCAGCCGCCGGCCCCCCCGCCCGGCUCCGGCAUGAAGAAGUACGAAGAGCCCCUGCAGUCCAUGAUCUCGCAGACCCAGAGCCUGGGGGGCCCCGGCUUGGAGCAAGAGGGGCCCGUGCCCCCGGGGGUCGACAUGGGCCAGCAGAUGAGCAUGAUGAUGCAGCGGCUGGGCCAGGACAGCCUGACCCCAGAGCAGGUGGCCUGGCGCAAGCUGCAGGAGGAGUACUAUGAGGAGAAGCGCCGCAAGGAGGAGCAGGUCGGCAUGCAUGGGGGCCGGCCCCUGCAGGAGAUGAUGCUGCCGCAGCCCAUGACUGGCAUGAUGCUGCGUGGGCCUCCGCCCCCCUACCACAGCAAGACCGGGGAGCAGUGGCUGCUGCGGGGCGUGCACAUGGACAUGCAGGACUCCGUGCAGAUACGGCCCCCCUUUGCCGGGCCACGUUUCCCCGGCAACCAGAUGCAGAGGGGCUUUGGGGGGAUGCAGAACGUGCCCCCCCUCGAGCCUCUGGGCCCCAUGAGCACCAUGCAGCGCCCAGUGAGGCCCGGGAUGGCCUGGAACGAGGAAAUGCCCAUGAGCGGCCCUGGGAACUUUGCCCCUGGGAACCUGCCCUACCCCCCGGGGCAGGCUGAGGCCGAGCGCUUCCUGACGCCCCGGGCCCGGGAGGAGAUGCUGCGGCAGCAGCUGCUGGAGAAGCGGCAGGGCGGUCUGCAGCGGCCACUCGGCAUGGAGAUGGAGCGCAUGAUCCAGGCCCACCGGCAGGUGGACCCCGCCCUCUUUGCUGGCGAGGCGCUGGCCCUGGAGUUUGGAGGCGCCCGAGCAGUGCUGAGCCCCCCGCUUCGGGACAUGGAGCCCACCUUGGGCCCCGGCAACCUCAACAUGAACAUGAACGUCAACAUGAACAUGAACUUAAAUGUGCAGAUGGCACCGCAGCAGCAGCAGCAGCAGCAGAUGCUGAUGACUCAGAAGCUGCGUGGCCCGGAGCUGGUGCCCUCCGAGGACGUGGCCCGGGCACGUGCCCCCAGUGGCAACGGAGCCAUGAUGAAUUCACAAAGAUGCUGAUGGGCCUUCGCCCUUCUCUGGUCAUAAGUAGCAGCAGUAGGCCUAUUCUCUGGCUACAGGGCCCGUAUUCCGCCGGCCAUACAGCAGGAGAUGGGAGGUAUUAGAGAUGUUUGGGACCGUGGGCACACCACCCGGCUCAGCCACGUCCCCCUGCCCCCAGCCCCCCACGCCCCGUCAGCAAACAUGCCUCAAGCCCCCGCCCGGGGCCUCGGCCGCCGCCCUUCAGACCUGGCCCUCAACAUGGGACAGAUGAACUCUCCCAGCAUGGGCCGCCUCAAAUCCCCGACGCUCAGCCAAGUUCAUUCUCCCCUGGGCACCUCUCCGUCUGCCAACCUGAAGUCCCCCCAGACGCCCUCUGCCAUGGCCAGCCUGCCAGCUGCCAGCGCCGCCCCAAGCGGGCCUCUGAAGUCCCCCCAAGUGCUUAGCUCAGUCCUCAGCGUCUGCUCUCCGACCAGUUCUCCCGGCCACCUCAAAUCCCCGCCGAUAGCUGCGUCCUCUCCAGGUUGGGUGCCGUCCCCCAAGAACGCCCUCUCCAGCCCUGGCAUCGGCCAGAGCAAGCCGGCCAUCGGACUGAGCAACUCCGCGCCCCUCGGCAGCCUCGAGCAAGAUCCACCCCCGUCCCAGAACCCCUUGUCACUCAUGAUGAGCCAGAUGUCCAAGUACGCCAUGCCCAGCUCCACCCCCCUCUACCACAACGCCAUCAAGACCAUCGCCACCUCCGAUGACGAAAUGAUGCCAGAUCGGCCCAUGCUGCCACCGGGAGUCAUGCCAGGUGUGGGAAGCGGCCAGCCCGGCCAGCUGCACGUGAACUCUGUGGGGGUCCCUCCGGCUCAGAGCCCCAUGGCCGUCGGUCUCCCUGGACAGCAGCCGCUCUCUCAUGAGCCUCCGACGCCCAACAUGUCCUCCCCGAGCCCGCUGGGCUCCAACAUGCCCAUGCACAGCAGCGCCCCACCCCAGGGCCCCGUGAUGCUGCCUCCUGGGGCCCAGGACUCACUCAAUCAGCCGUGUGGCCCCCCGGGCCAACUGGUGUUCCCCACCCGCCUCCAGCAACCUCCCACCAACGGCGGCGGCCUGCCCGGGCCUGGGGGCCCAGGGGUGCCGCAGCAGCACUACGCGCCUGGCAUGGGCCUGCCCCCGGAGGAACUGCCCCUGCCGCAGCCCAGCUCCAUGGUUCCGCCGCAGCGCCUGCCCGGGAGGCUGCCCGAGCCCUACCCCCCCGUGCUCCCCGGCGUAUUUCGGUCUCUGAACGCAUCUGGAGUUGAGCGACGCUAUCCGGCCCACUUCCACCGGUGCAUCCUGAAGUUUCGAAUUUUGUCAAGCAGACAUCCCGCCGGAGUAGCUCCAGCAGCACGUCGCUGUGCAUUUCCCCGGCUACGGGCGCGCCCCCCGAAGGUGCAGCCCCCCUCCAACCUCCAUCUGAUGAACUUGCAGAACAUGAUGGUGGAGCAGGCUCCGGCCAGGGCUGGCCCGCAGGGCAUGCCACGCUCCAUGGCCAUGUGCCAGCCCGGACAGGUGCCCCUGCUGGGCAGGACAGGCCUGGCCCCUCAGCAAGCCAUGAUGGGCAACAGCCUACCCCAGGGCCUCCUACUGCCCCAGCAGAACCUGCAGAUGGCCCAGCAGAACUUCUUGCUGAUGCAGGCCAAGCAGCGCAGCAUGUCUGUGUCAGGCGAGAUGUAUGCCCCGCCGGGCCACCUGCUCUCCCCGCAGGGCUCCCUCGUGGGCCCUCCCCCCCAGCAGAACCUCAUGGCCUCCCACCCCAUGCGCCAGCGCAGCGUGUCCCUGGACGGCCAGAUGGCCUACGGCCCCGGAACUGGCAGCAUGGCUAACCUGCCCUUCUGAGGAUGCUGGUGGGCCCGGAUGCCGGCCCAAGGUGGGGGCCUCAGCACAGAGUGGGCGUUGAGUCUUUCCAGCGUGUGUGUUCUUCCUUCCUUCCUUCCUUUCGUUCUCCUUUUUGUGAAAAGAAGCAACCAAAAUGGGCAAGAGGGAUGGGGGAGGCUGUAAAUAGGUGGGGGGAAGCGACCGCAAAGCGUUGCUGGUUUGAAAUUGUUGUAUUUCUGUGUUUUAAUAGAAGCCUCGAAGCCCGUUUUGAAUGAAACAAACAAAAAAACUGACCCAAACCUGGCUCAUUGUGGACUCAACAGGUGGGCCUUUGCCGCCCCCACCACCACCUCCCCCCCCCCCCGGCUUGCUGAGGCUGCAAGCAACUCCCCUCCCCUCCGCUCGGGGCCACCAAGCCGUGCUCCAGAAUAUGUCCCUUGGGUUGGAUCUGUCAGAGUUCACUUUGCCCCGCAGGUCUUGGGGGGAGAGGCAGAGAAUGCUCUGGGCCCCCUCGGCAGAGGGGCUGUGCGUGGAUCAGGACUCUGGAGUUCGCCCCACCCUCCUCCUUCCCCAACCUUUCAAGUCUCUUCAGAGCCAGUGUGGUGGACUCUCGUCUGGAAAACCGUGUUUGAUUUCCUGCUCUUCCACAUGAGCAGCAAAGAGUGAACUGGAUGUUUCCC